UUCCCAUUCACUCAAUUUUGCGUUUGACCACCCGAACCUUUAAAUUUCUGCCUCCCUGAUUUUCUGUCAUGCUCUGAACUUUUUUAUCUCUCUCAAUUCCCCAAUCCGACUGCCACAGUGACCGCAACAGCAACCACUCCCGAUUGCUCGUCUGUGUGACGAAGUGCGUCGCCCUCUGGCGGCCGCAACCCGAAAUCGCUUUCAAAUCCACCCAACUUCAUAUCUCUCGUCAUGAGUCAAACGUUGACAACAAGACAAGCAGAGGAGCUGCACAAGUCCCUAAUAGCUUAUCUAUCUUCCAUAAAUGCUACCCGAAGCGUUGCGACCAUACGCGAAGAGCUCCCGAUCGGCGACGGCUUUGACGACACCGCAUGCAAGAAAUAUGAGGGACUGCUGGAGAAAAAAUGGACGAGCGUGGCUCGGCUACAGAGGAAGAUCAUGGACUUAGAGUCGAAGGUGUCGACCUUGCAGGCCGAAUUGGACUCCAUGGCCUUGACGUCCCGAUCACGACCUAACCAAGACCCUACGAGCUGGCUCCCCUCAUCACCGGCGCGGCACAAAUUUCAGUCGCACCGCGAUGCAGUGACUUGCGUUGCCUUCCAUCCUGUCUACACAUCGCUGGCGUCGGGCUCCGAAGACUGCACCAUCAAGAUCUGGGAUUGGGAACUAGGGGAACUGGAGAGGACACUCAAGGGCCACAUGCGGGCAGUUUCGGGUCUGGACUAUGGCGGACAAAAAGGGCAUACACUGCUGGCGUCCUGCUCAAGUGACCUUACAGUCAAACUAUGGGACCCUAGCAACGACUAUGCCAAUAUCCGAACUCUUUCCGGACACGACCAUUCCGUCUCGGCGGUCAGCUUCCUGCCCAACAACGGAAAUCUGCUCGUGUCGGCCAGUCGCGAUGCCUCCAUCCGUAUAUGGGACGCAUCCACGGGCUAUUGCGUCAAGACAAUCCGUUCGAAUGAUAAUUGGAUUCGAGACGUCUCCCCUUCGUUUGACGGGAAAUGGCUGGUGUCGGGUGGCCGAGAUCAGGCCGCCACUGUGUGGGAAGUUGCGACGGCGGAGGCGAAGGCUACACUAUUGGGUCAUGAGAACUAUCUCGAAUGCUGUGUCUUCGCGCCGCCAGCCAGCUACAAGUAUCUAGCAACCUUGGCUGGCUUGAAGAAGCCCCCCCCUGCAACCAGCUCAGCCGAAUUUGUUGCGACCGGGGCUCGUGACAAGACGAUCAGACUCUGGGACUCGCGGGGACGGCUGAUCAAGACCUUGGUCGGUCAUGAUAACUGGGUCCGAGGCUUAGUGUUCCAUCCUGGAGGCAAAUAUCUGGUCAGUGUGGCGGACGACAAGACUAUCCGGUGCUGGGAUCUCUCACAGGAAGCCAAGCUCGUCAAGACCAUUAGCGACGCGCAUGGACACUUUGUCAGCUGCAUUAGGUGGGCUCCCGAUGUGGUGACGGAUGAUGCUGUCACAGAAGAGACCACUGAGGCUGGUCCUGGGGCUCAAAGACAGGAGGCGAACAAGAAGAUCCGGUGCAUCCUGGCCACUGGAAGUGCGGAUUCAUGCGUGAGGGUUUUUUCAUAGUCGGCGGGCGAAGACAAGAAAGCUUCAAAUCUUAAUCCCAGCGCUCUAAUGUCUUCCUAUUGUUCUAUCUUACUCGUGACAGGAAUCGCGAUGCAUUCAUCCUUCUCACCCACUCUUCAUGCCCCACUUGCCUGCUGCCUAUCUGGAUAUAAAGUUUUACCGUGUUUGCUGUACAUUUUUGAACAUCAUACCUUAGCAAUGCAUGUGAGGGAGCGGGAUCAUGUCUUCAUAUGCCUUUUGCCUUGCGGGUAUUGCUACGAAACUGUUCUCUUACAAAGCUGAGUCGGAGAGU